CGUUUCUUGAUCACAACAGAGACGCUCCGCGGCUAAAUCCCCUCUUUCACCGGGAGAAUAACGGCGCCGUUUGCCGUAUCUUCGGAGGAGCUGUUCUUUGGUGCGCUUUAUGUUUCAUGUCCUCGCAUCAUGGGCUCGAUUAGCGAUUCCUUGUUUUUAUUGUUCUGUCUCUUAUCGUGCCGGAUUUUCGCGCAGUACCGGGGAUAGAGGCCUCCGCGCGCCUGCUCGAUUAACGGAGAGCCCGCGCGGAGCGACGAGGCCACGGCGGGAAUUCGGAGGCGAUUGUUUUAGAGGUCAGAGACUCUGCUAAUCGGACAGGAGUAGAAAACGUUCCGGUAAUCAGUGUUUAACAGCUGAGAGAGUUGGAACUGAAUCACCGUGGCCACCGGUGUUGAUGUGGGGUAAAAUGGAGACCCCGACGAUCAUGUACGAUCUGGACACCUCCGGUGGGCUUAUGGAGCAAAUCCAGACUCUACUGGCGCCGCCCAAAUCCGAGGAUGGAGAGAAAAGGAGCAGAAAACCGGACAGGAGCACCAGGAGAGCCAGUAGGGCCACCAACCACGACACCUGUGACAGCUGCCGGGAAGGAGGGGACCUGCUGUGUUGUGACCACUGCCCCGCCGCCUUUCAUCUGCAGUGCUGUAACCCACCAUUAAGUAGAGACAUGCUGCCCCCUGGUGACUGGAUGUGUCAUCGCUGCACUGUUCGCAAGAAGAAAAGGGAACAGAAGAAGGAGCAGAUUAAUGGUCUUUUGGAGCAGCAGCUGGGCAAGCAAAUGGCCUCGCCAGCUCCCGAGCAGGAGUGUGGGACGCUACGUCUGGACCACACCCUGGGGUCAGGCGGCACCGGGCUUCGAUCCGCUGUUGCUCAAGUGCGACUCCUGGAAAGACAACCAAGCAGCAGACCUGCGACCCCCAACUCCAACGCUUCUUCAACCGACAUGGCCACACCGUCUGAGCAGAACGACAUGGAGGAAGAUCUGCUGGACGUGGAGGAAGAGGCACAGGGUUCUGAGCCUGAACUCUCCAAUCUCACUGCGACCCUCAAGAGACCUUUUGACCUCCUAAUCGCCGCUGCUAUGCAGAGGAACCCCACGCAGUUCCAGCUUCCAAAUGACCUCACCUGCACAACCGCACUUCCAGGCACCGGCAAAAGGAGACGAAAAGACGAGUUAACUGGCAAGAACGUGAAACACCCACAGCAGGAGCUGGACAGUUAUGGAAUAGUUCCAUUACCAGUGAAAGUGUGCAGCACAUGCAACAGGUACAAGCUUUUGUGUUAA